UUAAUACUCGUCAACGGUUUCGAACGGUACUACUCGCGUAGUCCUCUCUGCUAACGAAUUUCGCAAAGAUUGAGAAAGAAAAUUCACGUUCUUUUUUUUUUGGUUGUUGCAGUUACUUUAAUGAAUUAAGCCAAUAAAUAUGCCAGAGCAGGGAUUCAGUUGGUUGGUCAAGUGCGUCUAUCUGGUGUUCAUUGUGCAGACACUGCUGUGCAUUGGCCAGCUGGAGUGUCGGCAGCAUCACAAUCGCAACAACAGGCGAGGUGAUUCAGCUAGCUCGGAGGAGAAUCACAGCAAUGGAGAUGUCGAUGGCUUUGAUAACUUAGCGGACAGUGACAGCAGCAUCGCCGCUGGCCAUGGCCAUCGGCGUGGUCCGCGCAAGAAACAUCAGGGCAAUCACAAUCGCCACAAUCGGCUGGAGGAGCAAGGCAUCUCGCUGUGGAUCAACGAACAGCAGCUCAAGAUGUUAAGCGCUCUCUACUUUCCACAGGGCUACUCAGAUCGCCUCUAUGCCAUACACAAUGGUCGGGUGACGAACGAAAUGCGCGACACGACAGUCUAUAGCUAUCUGGUGAUACCAUCGGAGGUGAACUAUGUGAACUUCACCUGGAAAUCGGGCAGACGCAAGUAUUUCUACGAUUUCGAUCGACUACAAACAAUGGACGCCAGCAUACUGAAGGCACCGACGCUGUCGAUCAGCAAACGGGGUCGCAUACCACAGGAGCAGAAAAAUUUUAGCAUAUUCCUGCCCUGUACCGGAAACAGCUCGGGCACGGCAUCAUUCAAUGUGGGCCUGAAGAUACAGACUCGCAAGAAUGCCUCCCUAUCGGGCACACCCAUACGUCUUAACUUUAAAAAGGAAUGCGCACAUAGAGGUGUGUAUGAUAUAGACGCUUCCAACCCUACUUCACUAACAACUUUGCAAGUUCCUGAUCCAGAAUGCAGUUUGAAGUGCGGCAAGAACGGCUAUUGUAACGAGCAUCACAUCUGCAAGUGCAACGUCGGCUAUAUGGGCCAAUAUUGUGAGACGGCCUUUUGUUUUCCACAGUGCAUGCACGGCGGCAAUUGCACGGCUCCGUCGGUAUGCACCUGUCCGGAGGGCUAUCAGGGCACACAGUGCGAGGGCGGUAUUUGUAAGGAGAAGUGCUUGAAUGGCGGCAAAUGCAUACAAAAGGACAAAUGCCAAUGCUCCAAGGGAUACUACGGCCUGCACUGUGAAUACUCCAAGUGUGUAAUACCCUGUAAAAACGGGGGUCGCUGCAUUGGCAACAAUCUAUGCCGCUGUCCGAAUGGCUUGCGCGGCGAUCACUGCGAAAUUGGCCGGAAACAGCGCUCCACCUGCAAGUGCAGCAAGGGCAGCUGCCGGGGCAACAAGGACUGCAAGUGUCACAAUGGAUAUCACUGUCGACGACGCUUUCCGAAUCGUGCGCAUUGAGCGUGGAGCUGGGCCCCAAACGGCAUAAACAUGUGACAUGUAACAUAACCACAUAGCAAUAGAAAGCGAUAAUUGGGCUCUACAGCAUCAACAUCAACAAUGACAACCACAACAAUUAUACUAUUUAAAAUG